AUGUGGAAAACACUCGUAGCAUCCAUUUUCCUUGGCUGGUACUUCAUUCUCCUCGCAAUCGGCCUCUUGGGUUGGCGAGAGGCCAGAAAGCGCUACUUUCGACGCAACAAUGCCCUCACCAGCUACAGUCCUCGUGCGAGGCCCCUCGAGGGCGUGUCCAUCCUCAGACCACUCAAGGGCCUCGACCCAAAUAUGUACGAAAAUCUAGAAACGACAUUCAAGCAAGACUAUCCAACAUACGAGAUUAUCUUUGCUGUCGCCGAUGACGACGACCCAUGUUUGGACAUUGUCCGAAUGCUCCUCGAUAAAUAUCCUCAUGUCGAUGCUAGGGUCACCAUUGGCGAGGAGAUUGUUGGUGUCAACCCAAAGAUUAACAACCUCAUGCAAGCCUACCGCACCGCAAAGUACGAUAUCCUCUGGGUCAUCGAUUCCAACGUCUCCGUCGUCCCACAAACUCUCUCCCGCUCCGUCUCAGCACUCACCGCCAGUCCCACCAUUGGUCUUGUCCACCACGUACCCUAUGCGACUGCCUCGAUCCGCGACGCCAAAUUUGGUACACACCUCGAACGCGCCUUUCUCAACACCAAUCACGCAAAGAUGUACAUUGCCCUCAACGUACUCGCCAUCGACUCGUGCGUCAUGGGCAAGUCGAAUCUCUACCGCCGCUCGCACGUAGACCAAAUCAGUGGCCUCGGCGUCCCGCUCUCCAGGCAGAAUAUGUCCCCACCACCAGAUGGCCCUGUCAGGGGACUCGCAUCGAUGGGCAAGUACGCGGCAGAGGACGCCAAAAUUGGCCAUUCGAUUUGGCACGAACUCGGCCUCGAGCAUUGUCUCGAUGUCGAUGUGGCUCAAAAUGUAUUAGGGCCCAUGACGCUCAGGGGUUAUAUUGAGCGUCGUGCACGCUGGAUUCGCGUCAGAAAGGCUCAAGUGUUGGCCGCGACGAUCCUCGAGCCCCUGACGGAAUCCGUUCUCGCUGGUCUUCUUGCGUGUUUAGCACUACAUUAUUUCACCGGAGCGGAUGUAGUUAUCAUGUUCGUGAUCCAUUGGUGCAUCUUUCUGGCCAUUGAUCUCGACGUCCGAUACCAUCUCACUGGCACUCACUUUACCUCCAACGCAGAGCUUGGAGAGUUUAUCCUUGCGUGGAUGGCGAGAGAGAUUCUCGCGUUUCCCAUUUGGGCUUAUGCAAUUUGGGGCAGCAGGAUUGUCUGGCGAGGCGUCACGUACCGAAUGCUCCGAGGAGGCGUCGUUGAGCGUCCGGACCGAGCCACAAGACAUUCACAAGACUUUGCGGAUGGAAGAAUGCAGGAACCACUUCUAGACAAUCAUGAUCAUUGA